GGGCAAAUAUUGUUAUUGUUUGAGCGGGAAUAUUGCUACAACGAGGAACGUUGAAGAAGUCCGAUGUCCUGGGUCGUAUGAUCAGUUCUGUGGAAGUGACACUACAAUGUCCGUUUAUGAUCUGGAUAUUCCUGAACGCUUACCGUUUGUUCCUACUAAUUAUGCCGCAUGUGGUUAUUUAUCUGGUUAUCGGAAAGCUUAUGACGGCGAUCUUUUCAAGCUGAAAUUUGACACAAGCUGCUCCUAUCGGACGAAUUAUUAUGCAUGUCCAGAACACGCGUUCACAGGCAAUGAACGCAAAUGCGUCAGUGGAGUGUGCAUAUCAUAUGGACAGGAAACGUGGGAAGAUGCGAUGGACGCAUGUGGGAACAAACUUAUUAAGCUGACUACUAAUGUCACACAGACCCUAAAGAGACUUAUUUCAGAUACUAAUUCAAAUUGGGAAGAACCAUACUACUACAACGAAUGGUCAGAAGGAUGGUCAAAACACUGGAUCGGGCUCAAACGACACGUGACAUGGAAAUGGAUCAAUGGUACUGAUUUCAAGUACAGACCUACCCGGAGGAGUAAUGGAUAUAGACCCAAAUGUAUCGCUAUGAGAAAGAGGUAUUCUGGAAGACGUAAAUAUUAUAUUGAAGCUGGAGUAGUGUCCUGCUCACAGAAGCUAAGAGCUAUUUGCCAAAUAUACAAACCUACGACAACAACCGCAUCUACGUCAACGUCAACCACAACCCGUACAACAUCUACAACGUCUACAACAACGCACGUCUUGUCUACUGAGAAGACUAGUCCCCCAUCAGACCAGACAGGAAACACAAGGACUACACAGACAAUAGCUGGUUCAACCGAAUCACAAAGACAAAUCAGCCCGAAGAGUGAUUCAAGUGGCAUGAUUGCUGGUGUUGCAGUUGGUGUAAUAGCACUGCUGGUAUUAGGUGGACUAGUUAUUCUUAUCUGGAUGAAAAGAAGCAAGAGAUUUCUUUUCAAGUCAGCUAAACUGGAUGAUCAAAGAAGAGCUGCAUUACCAGUCCAUGCUACAGCCUCAGUACCUAACACCUAUGAGCAAUAUGACAACAAUGCAACCAACAGAAUCCAAUAUGAAAAUGUGGCAUACUGUGCUCAGCCAAACACGAAAACCUUGCGUGGUCCAGUCGCUGUUUCGUCCAUCGACUACGACCUUGCUGCUGCAGAUGACGCACUACAAGGAACUCGUGUUUUAGCGGAUCUACCCAAUGGCGUCAGGCCACGUGAUGCCUACGAAAUGGCGGGUCCAGAUGACGCAAAGCCAGAAACGGCUUAUUCAGCAGAUUUGUCCAGUUACGCCUGUCCAGGUGAUUACUUUGAACUGGAGGGUCCAGGUGACUCUAGACCAGAAACAGAUGACUACGAACUGGAAGGUCCAGGUGACUCUAGACCAGAAACAGAUGACUACGAACUGGAAGGUCCAGCAAACAAAGCUUCUGAUGAAUACAACACUCUGCACGAGACACAACGAGACAGAAACCUAGAUCUGAACUACAGCCACAUUGGUGCGGCCGAGCUAACUGGAGAUCUGUACGACACGGCAGAACCUACACCACUUGGACGGACGGACAAUGAGACGUACAGCCACAUUAGAGGAGACAGAUUUGAAGACGAGGAUAUGUACAACCAUACGGACGGGUCUGAUGCCUUACCAGAGCUGUAUGAUCCAGAAUACAGCCACAUUGAUACACAGUAG